AAACAAACUUUAAGUGGUCAUAGGGGAAGGGUGUGGAAUGUUUGCUGGCAUCCAAAGGAUUGUCAUAAAUGUUUAGGCAUUUUACUGGAUUGAUACGAAGCCAUAAAAUCUUAAUUUCCAAUAUUAUAGUUAAACAUAACAAUACAUUUUGUACAAUGAGUGACAUAAAACCCAAUACUACUGGAAUUCCUUUAAGUCAAGUUGUAGAUACACUGCAAGACUUUGCUGCUCUGUCACUUGCAGAUUCCUGGGAUAAUGUAGGAUUACUUGUUGAACCUACAGAAAAAAAAUUGAUUUCACAUAUUUUGUUAACAAAUGAUUUAACUGAAAAUGUGAUGCAAGAAGCUUUAGACUUAAAAACAGAUAUGAUCAUUACCUAUCAUCCCUUAAUAUUUGCACCUGUGAAAUCUAUAACAACUCGUUCUUGGAAGGAGAAAAUCGUUGCAAAAUGUUUAGAAAAUAAAAUAGCUGUAUAUUCUCCACAUACUACAUUCGAUUCUGUAAAAGGCGGUGUAAAUGAUUGGUUGGUGUCAUCAUUUCAAGAUGUACUCAAAAGUAGUAUACCUAUACGAGCAAAUGAGAGUAAUAGUGAUUAUGGCUUUGGACGAAUAUGUACCUUAAAAAAUAAAAUUUCUAUCGAAGAAGCUGUGCAACGCGUGAAAGAACAUACUAAUUUAAAACAUGUUAGAUUAGCUCGUGCUUAUCAAACAGAUGGAUUUAUUGAAACUGUUGCACUUUGUGCUGGAUCUGGGGCAAGUGUUUUGAAAGAUGUAUCCGCCGAUUUAUAUCUUACAGGAGAAAUGUUACAUCAUGAAGUUCUUGAUGCAAUACAUCAUGGAACUAACGUGAUUUUAACAAAUCAUUCUGAUUCUGAACGUGGCUUCUUAAAAAUAUUUUCGUUUAUGUUAACCAAUAUGUUAAACGAAGCUGUAUUAGUGCAUGUAUCCAAAUGCGAUACUGAUCCAUUAAAAACUGUAUAA